CUCUCUCUCUCUCUCUCUCUCUAACUCUAUCUCUGCCUUGUCGCUGUUAAUAAUCGUAAUAGUGUUUCAGAGACAGUAGAAGAAGAAAGCUUCUUCCUUUUUUUUUGUAUCCAUUGGGGCAUUUUCGGAUCUCUAAGUUCUUACCAAAAGUACUGUUGUGAUCUUGGAAGCUAGAAAUGGAGAAACGGAAGAGAGAAUCAUCUGAGAGAAGCUUUGGUGAAUCAGAAGAGUCUGUGUCUUCACUAUCCGAGAAGAAGGAUUCUGAAAUUCAACCUGAGAGUACAAUGGAGUCUCAUGAUGAUGAUGAGAUACAACAAUCACCAACGGUUUCUUUGGAAGUCGAAACUGAAAAUGAAGAUUUGAAAGAUAGCAUGAGGACUUUAACCGAGAAACUUUCAGCUGCUCUUGCUAAUGUGAGUGCUAAAGAUGAUCUGGUGAAGCAACAUGUCAAAGUCGCAGAAGAAGCUGUCGCUGGGUGGGAGAAAGCUGAAAAUGAAGUGGUUGAGUUGAAGGAGAAGCUCGAGGCUGGUGAUGAUAAGAACAGAGUGUUGGAAGAUAGAGUAAGCCAUCUCGAUGGAGCUCUUAAGGAGUGUGUUAGACAGUUAAGGCAAGCAAGAGAUGAACAAGAACAGAGAAUUCAAGAUGCUGUGAUUGAGAGAACCCAGGAGUUGCAGUCUUCUAAAACCAGCCUUGAGAACCAGAUUCUUGAAACUGCAACCAAGUCUGAGGAGCUUAGCCAAAUGGCGGAAUCUGUGGCUAAGGAAAACGUGAUGCUUAGACACGAGCUUCUUGCGCGAUGCGAAGAGCUAGAGAUCAGAACGAUUGAGAGAGAUUUGAGCACCCAAGCAGCUGAAACAGCUAGCAAGCAGCAGUUAGAUAGCAUAAAGAAAGUGGCGAAACUUGAGGCUGAGUGCAGGAAGCUUCGGAUGUUGGCUAAGUCAUCAGCUUCGUUUAACGAUCAUCGAUCUACAGAUAGUCAUUCUGAUGGAGGGGAACGAAUGGAUGUGAGUUGCUCUGAUUCAUGGGCAUCAUCCACAUUGAUUGAAAAGAGAAGCCUUCAGGGAACUUCCUCUUCCAUUGAACUUGAUCUCAUGGGUGAUUUUCUUGAGAUGGAACGUCUUGUAGCAUUGCCUGAGACACCAGAUGGGAACGGUAAGAGUGGACCUGAAGCAGUUACAGAAGAGGCUGUUGUUCAUUCAGAGAACUCGUUGGCUGCUGAAAUAGAAGUAUUGACUUCUCGAACUAAGGAGCUUGAAGAGAAGUUGGAAAAGUUAGAAGCUGAGAAACAUGAGCUCGAAAAGGAAGUUAAAUGUAACAGAGAAGAGGCUGUUGUUCAUGUAGAGAACUCGUUGGCUGCUGAAAUAGAAGUACUGACAUCUCGAACUAAGGAACUUGAAGAGAAGUUGGAAAAGUUAGAAGCGGAGAAAAAUAAGCUCGAAAAUGAAUUUAAAUGUAACAGAGAAGAGGCUGUUGUUCACAUAGAGAACUCGUUGGCUGCUGAAAUAGAAGUAUUGACUUCUCGAACAAAGGAACUUGAAGAACAGUUGGAGAAGUUAGAAGCGGAGAAAGAUGAGCUCGAAAGUGAAGUUAAAUGUAACAGAGAAGAGGCUGUUGCUCACGUAGAGAACUGGUUGGCUGCUGAAAUAGAUGUAUUGACUUGCCGAAUUAAGCAACUUGAGGAAAAGUUAUCGAAGUUGGAAGCAGAGAAAGAUGAGCUCAAAUGUGAAGUUAGAUGUAACAGAGAAGUGGAGAGCACAUUGAGAUUUGAGCUCGAAGCUAUUGCUUGUGAUAAAAUGGAGCUGGAAAAUAAGUUGGAGAAGUUGGAGGUUGAGAAAGCUGAGCUGCAAAUAUCUUUUGACAUAAUCAAAGAUAAGUAUAAAGAAUCUCAAGUUUGUUUGCAAGAAAUUGAGACGAAGUUGGAGGAGAUACAAACGGAGAUAAGAAUGGCUAACGAACUAAAAGCAGAAGUAGAAUCUCAAAUCAUCGCUAUGGAAGAUGAGGCAAAGACUAAAUCCACAAAGAUCAAAUCUUUGGAAGAAGAAAUGAGAAAGGAGAGGAUUGAUUUUGAUGAGCUUAGGAGAAAAUGUGAGGCUCUAGAAGAAGAGAUCUCUCUCCAUAAAGAGAACUCAAUCAAGAGUGAAAAUAAAGAACCCAAGAUCAAACAGGAAGACAUAGAAACAGCUGCAGGGAAACUUGCGAAUUGUCAGAAAACAAUUGCUUCAUUGGGCAAACAGCUUCAAUCUCUUGCGACACUUGAAGAUUUCUUAACCGAUACACCGAGUAUUCCAAUGGCUGCAAAUGGUGUAAGCAGCAGCCUAGAGAGUUGGAAGGUUCACAAGAACGAAACUUUCAUGGCGAGAAAUCAACCCGAGUCAAUCAAAUCAACCAAGGAAACAUCUCCGUGUUCCUCUUCUUCCGCGGCUGCUGCUGUUUCAAUGCCAGUUUCAACGAACCGAGGGAGUUCUGAGAAGAAUCGCAAUGGAUUUGCAACAGUAUUCACAAGAAGUAAAGACGGUAUCCAUCUAGCAAUUUAGCAUAACUUUGGCAGUAGGCAAAGAGACUAUCUCUUAGGUUUAAAAGGAUCGUUUUUAACAACCACUUUGUUCCUUUUUCCAGAUUUUGAAUCCUUAGUAGUUUAAAAGAUAAUCUCUAGUGUAAUGCUGCAGGGAUAUUCCAUAAAAGAAGUUUCUAAAAAUUUCAUCUU